UUUUUUUCAAUCACCACAAAAUCUAUCACCAUGGCUGACGAGCACCACGAGACCUUCGAGUCCGCCGACGCCGGCGCCUCGUCCACCUACCCCAUGCAGUGCUCUGCUCUGCGCAAGAACGGUCACGUUGUCAUCAAGAACCGCCCUUGCAAGAUCGUCGACAUGUCGACCUCCAAGACUGGCAAGCACGGUCACGCCAAGGUCCACAUCGUCGCCAUCGACAUCUUCACCGGCAAGAAGCUUGAGGAUCUGUCCCCCUCCACCCACAACAUGGACGUCCCCAACGUCUACCGCAAGGAAUACCAGCUCCUUGACGUUACCGACGAUGACUUCCUUUCCCUGAUGGAUGAGUCCGGUGCCACCAAGGACGACGUCAAGCUCCCUGAUGGUGAGGUUGGCGAGCGUAUCGUCCGCAUGUUCCGUGAGGAGGAGAAGGACUGCAACGUCACUAUCCUUUCCUCCAUGGGCGAGCAGUGCUGCAUGGAAGUCAAGGAGGCUCCCAAAUAAUGAAUUACCGUCUCGAUGGACCCUGUACUGCUCUGUCAGCCCUGGUGUAUUCGAAGAGCCCUGCUCAGUUUUGCCCUUGCUUAGGUGGAUGAUACGACCUUUUGGGCAGAUACGGCGUAAUUUAAUCUUAUAUCCGUCGGUGUAGCAUUGGGUAUGCGCUGAGCUGGCCGUGAAGGUCACGUUGGCAGCAUACAGCCUGCUUUGUCAG